CUGCCGCGAUUCGGGCCCCGGAGGAGCCAGAGCCGGCGCCGGCGCCAGCGCCAGCGUUGUCGUCAGCAAGCGCCAGAACCCGCCCCCAAGCCAGCCCAGCGGACCCGGGAGAUCAGCUUGUGAUUUGAGCCAAACUCUACGCUCACAGGUCCGUCUUGGCGGCGUCGCAUCCGUUGUGCAAUUGUGCGAAUGGACCGGCCCGCGGUAACACUGCCUGCGCUGGGCCGGCCGCCCAUCCACUCGGUCUCAACAACCCCGAUGCCGAAUUCGGCCGCCGCGUCCACCAUCUACGUGUCACCGCCUUCAUUGCCCCCGCCGCAACAUCAUGAGCUGCGACAGCCCCAGUCUCUUCCGCAAUCCGAUGGGGGCGGUCCCCCACUUCGUCGUGGAGUAAGGAGGACCCCGCGUGCAGAAACCAAGCCCGCCAAGGAGGAGCUCCCGGCAUUAUGGGGCGCUGCGAACCAGGGCGAGCACGCCAGGGCUGCCGCCGGCAGCGGAGUCGGCCAUGGGCCCAACGCCGGGCUUGGCGCCUCGCCCAGCGACCGAGACAGCAGCGCAACGUCUCCGGCCACCACGGGGGAGCCCCCGAAAAAGAAGCAGAAGCGGAACAAGCCGACGCUGUCUUGUUUUGAAUGCGUUGAGAGGAAAACAAAGUGUGACCGAGGCAGACCCCAUUGCCUAGCUUGCAUCAAGCGCCAGACGGACUGCAAAUAUGCCCUUGUUGCCAAUCUACUUGAAGAAACGACCCGGAGCGCGACAAACGGCCGCCGGAUGACAAGGCCGCCCAAGAGGCGGGCUGAGAGCAUGCGACAUACCAUGCCAAACGCGGCUGACCGCGGUUUCGAUGUCGGACGUCUCAAAACCUUGGGCUCGGUCGCCACGUCCACCGGCCUUCUGUCCAAUGUCCCGUACUCUGCACCGGGGUCGUCCAACGUCUUCGGCAUCGGUUCGGAGCAUCCGUUUGCCAACUACUGGACCUGCGAGGGCGGCCUCCCCGAGGUGAUCUCUGUCCUCCCUGACAAGCUGCAGGCCGACAUCUUGAUGCACCGCUACUUCGAGUGCGUCGAUCCGGUGUAUCCCAUGCUUCACCGGCAGACAUUCUACGCCGACUACGAGCACUUCUGGGCUUUGUCCCGGGCCGAGAAAGACCGGUCGGAUGCCGCGUUUGUCGCGCUGAUCUUUGUGAUGCUGGCGCUGGGAACUCAGUUCGUGACGUCGACAUCCCCGAGGGAGAGGAAGCAGACGGCCGAGUUCUACGCAUCGGCAAGCAACCAAGCGCUGCGCAUGUGCUCGUACUUGAGCACCGCUUCCAUCAAGACCAUUCAAGCAAUGGUUCUCAUUACCUACUUCUUGAUCAACGACAACCAUGCCUCGGACGGAUGGGCCUUCGCCGGCAUCCUCAUGCGCCAGGCAUACGCCAUGGGGCUACACCGAGACCCAAACAUUGUGGUCCCCGACGCGCCGCCGUUCGAGAAGCAGCAGCGCCGCAAAGUCUGGCAAGCCGUGCUCCUCCAGGACACGUUCCUCACCGUCCUCCUAUCCCUCCCGCCGAGCGCCACGCACACCGAUGUCAGCGUCGACGACCUCGUCGCGGAUGACUCGUCCAUCGCGUCCGACGACCCCACCGACACGGCCUACAUCCGCGGCUCCUGGACGCUGGCCAACCUGGUGCAGGAGACCAUCUGCAGCCCGCGCUCGCUCGACGUGCCCAUCUGCACGACCGCGCGGCACAAGUCCAAGCUGAUCGCCGACUUCCGGGCCGUGUACCGCUCGUUCCCGGACGUGUUCCGCUCCUGGGACCCGGACGCGCUGGCGCAGCUGGCGCAGACCAACAAGCGCGUGGUCCGCCAGACGCUGUUCCUGACCAGCAACUACUUCCACAACCUGAUGCUCGUGCACGCCUCGGAGAGCCGCGACGUGCCCGUCAACGUGCGCGGCACCCUCGAGGCCGCCCACGACGCCAUCACCGCCUUCUUCGUCCUCUUCGCCCUCUUCGAGGCCGAGGCCCGCGUCUGGUGGGUCUUCAACCACCGCGCCUUCCUCGAGGCCCUCUGCAUCGGCAACGUCCUGCGCGAGGCCGCCCGCGAGCCCGGCGGCGAGGAGGCCAUGGCCAAGGACCCGCUGUUUGUCCGGGCCAGGGGGGAUAUUCACCGCAUGAUGCAGAUUAUGCAGAUCAUGAGCGAGGGCGAGCAGGCGUCGGAGACGGCGAGGACCCGCGUGCAGGUGUUGAGAGAGUUCUUGGUCUGAUUUUUGGUGUGGUGGCUGCCGAGUUGGGGGGGUGUCCUGUCGGGCGGGAUGUUGUUGGGUUGGAUAUGAUGGUCGAACUGGUCUUUCUCCGUGUGUGGGCGCGCAACGGACCAUACCGUACGU